AUGUCCGGGCGACGCCGGACGAAGUCGCCGCCGCCCCGCAGCCAGUGGCUAGCCGCCACGUCGCCUCCCGCGCCGUCCCCGCCGCCGCAGCCCACCGGGCCCAGAUCCGGCCCCUGCCGGACCCGAACCGGGCCACGCCCUGCCGCCCGCGCCUCUGCACCCGGCCCCGCCGCCGCCUCGCCCUCGCCGCCGACCCUCCGCGCCAACCGCCGCCGUGCUCCGAGCCUCCACCGCCGGAGCUUCUCGCCUCCCUGCUCGCGCCGCCCAGAUCCCGAGCGCCUCCCCGGACCCCUCGUCGACCCCGCCGCCGGCCUCCGCGCCGCCCCGUCGAGCGCCGCCUCCCGGCCGCCGCCUUCGCCGCCUUCCGCGUCGUCGCCGGCCAUCCACCGCCACCUCGCUGGCACCGCCCGUCGCCAUCCGCCCGCGCCGCCCGGCUCCCCGAGCGGCCGCGCCCCGCGCCCCCGUGGCUCGCCUCCCGCCGGCGAGCUCCACGCCGGAGCCGCCCGUGGCCCGCCGCCCACCGCCCUCCGUCGCCGGCGACCGCCGCCUUCGCCCCAUCCCUCGUCGAAGUUCGCCUCGUCCCAGGUCCGGUCCGGGUGGAUGAGAUCCACCAGGACACCGAACCAAACGCUGCGCCCCGUCCCAGUUUCUGCGAGGAUGUAA